UAGGGUUGCUAUGAGCUGAAACUGACUUGAUGGCAAUGGGUUUGCGUUUUUCUUUUUUGGUUCUCUCUGACAGCACUUUCUUAUGGCUUCAGUUACCCCACAUCUGCACUUGGGUCACCCCAAAGCCACCUUACCACCAUGAAAACAAACCCUUUCUGCUCACCCAUUUUUCCUUUGCCAGUUACACCUGCGCAGCUCCCGGGCAACAGGCGCCCAGGCAGCAGGUUGACACCCAGUAUCACAGGCGCUUCCAGCACAGGGCCUGUGCGCUGCUCCCCUGUCCUGGCUCCCCCAUCCUUUUCAAGAGGAAGUCCCUGUGGUGGUGCUGCAGUGCCCGAGCCCCCACUGCCCCCGUACCCCCACUGUGUUUUCACUUUGCUACUUGUGGCUGUUGCCAUCUGCCGCCCUGGACAUGGUUCUUAUUGAUGAGUUCGUUAUCCCUCCUCAACCUGGAAUGUAAACUCUGUGCGGACAGGGAUUUCCCUUCUCUUUUUUCCCCUCCUAACUGACUCCUGCCCUCCCAUGUGCCCCAGACUCUGCUCCUCACUUCUCCCUGUGAUUGCUGUGGGACCUGCUAGGAGGUAGGACGGCCAGGCCCUAAGAACCAGGUUCUUGGGUCAGAAAAUGGGCCCUGGCCCAUUGAGGGCCACGUGCCCUGGGUGGAUCCUGAAACUGCUCGGGUUCUCAGUUCCUGAUCUGUGAGGGACAGCCCUCCUCUCCACAGAUGCCUGUUGAGGCACAGCUCAGGGCGGGGGAUGCUGCUGAGAGGAGACAGACAGGUCCAUCCUCGUCAGGCUCACGCUUCAGUGAGGGGCAGAGCAGACUUGUAGGAAGACCCCAGACCAUGUGGGGUGGGGGCAGGGUGCAGGGCACAAGGCUGCCAUGGCCUGCUGUUGUCCUGAUCAACUAUGGCCUGGUCACCUUAUCGUGUAUAGUACUAACAGCCAGACAUUUGGGUGGCUGGCAGAGGGAGGCACUUGGGAUUCCAGGAGAGCAUCAUCUGCUGUUGUCAGGCCCUGCCGAGGGUCCCUUCCCUUGCAGACCUGUUGGUGGGGAUGCUGCUGUGGCCUGGGGUGGAGUGUUGCGCUGUGGUUGGGCAUAGCUACUCUGGCUGGGCAUUGUCAGACGGGAGGCUGAUCUCCUGCCUUGGGGCACCCAGACCUUGGGCGCCCAGGCCUCUCCCAGCUUAGGGGUGGCCCUAGGGAGGGCCGUGUGUCUGCAGGCUGCCGAGGGCCUUGGGGAGGGCGCUGUGGCCCUGGAGCACCGUCUCACCUCUGUUGAGCACUGCACGCUACCCAUUCUUGGCCUUCGAGGAUGUGAGCCCCAGUGGGCAGGCUGCGACCUUGAGUGGGGCUGGCCAGGACGUGGGCCGCAGCUGUAUCCUGGUCUCUGUCGCGGGCAAGAACGUCAUGCUGGACUGUGGGAUGCACAUGGGCUUCAACGACGAUAGGCGCUUCCCUGACUUCUCCUACAUCACUCAGAACGGCCGGCUGACCGAUUUCCUCGACUGUGUGAUCAUCAGCCACUUCCACCUGGACCACUGUGGGGCGCUUCCCUACUUCAGCGAGAUGGUGGGCUAUGACGGGCCCAUCUACAUGACGCCCCCCACCCAGGCCAUCUGUCCCAUCCUGCUGGAGGACUACCGGAAGAUUGCCGUGGACAAGAAGGGCGAGGCCAACUUCUUCACCUCCCAGAUGAUCAAGGACUGCAUGAAGAAGGUGGUGGCUGUCCACCUGCACCAGACGGUCCAGGUAGAUGACGAACUAGAAAUCAAGGCCUACUACGCAGGCCAUGUGCUUGGGGCAGCCAUGUUCCAGAUUAAAGUAGGCUCUGAGUCUGUGGUUUACACGGGCGAUUACAACAUGACCCCGGACCGGCACUUGGGGGCCGCCUGGAUCGACAGGUGCCGUCCCAACCUGCUCAUCACAGAGUCCACAUAUGCCACGACCAUUCGUGACUCUAAGCGUUGCCGUGAGAGGGAUUUCCUGAAGAAGGUCCACGAGACCGUGGAGCGUGGUGGGAAGGUGCUGAUCCCCGUGUUUGCACUGGGCCGUGCCCAGGAGCUCUGCAUCCUGCUGGAGACCUUCUGGGAGCGGAUGAACCUGAAGGCACCCAUCUACUUCUCCACGGGCCUGACUGAGAAGGCCAACCACUACUACAAGCUCUUCAUCACCUGGACCAACCAGAAGAUCCGGAAAACCUUCGUCCAGAGGAACAUGUUUGAGUUCAAGCACAUUAAGGCCUUUGACCGAGCGUUUGCGGACAACCCUGGCCCAAUGGUGGUGUUUGCCACACCAGGGAUGCUGCAUGCCGGCCAGUCUCUGCAGAUCUUCCGGAAGUGGGCAGGGAACGAGAAGAACAUGGUCAUCAUGCCUGGCUACUGUGUGCAGGGCACCGUGGGCCAUAAGAUUCUCAGUGGGCAGCGCAAGCUGGAGAUGGAGGGGCGGCAGGUGCUGGAGGUCAAGAUGCAGGUGGAAUACAUGUCAUUCAGCGCUCACGCGGACGCCAAGGGCAUCAUGCAGCUCAUCGGGCAGGCAGAGCCUGAGCACGUGCUCCUGGUGCACGGCGAGGCCAAGAAGAUGGAGUUCCUGAAGCAGAAGAUUGAACAGGAGUUCCGAGUGAACUGCUAUAUGCCAGCCAAUGGCGAGACAGUGACGCUGCCUACGAGCCCCAGCAUUCCUGUGGGCAUUUCGCUGGGGCUGCUGAAGCGGGAGAUGGCACAAGGGAUGCUCCCCGACGCCAAGAGGCCCCGGCUACUGCAGGGCACCCUGAUCAUGAAGGACAGUAAUUUCCGGCUGGUGUCCUCAGAACAAGCUCUCAAGGAGCUGGGGCUGGCUGAACACCAGCUCCGCUUCACCUGUCGUGUGCACCUGCAUGAUGCCCGAAAGGAGCAGGAGACGGUGAUGCGUGUCUACAGUCACCUCAAGAGCAUCCUCAAAGACCACUGUGUGCAGCACCUGCCUGAUGGCUCAGUGACUGUGGAGUCCAUCCUUAUCCAGGCUGCUGCCCAUUCAGAGGACCCUGGCACCAAGGUGCUGCUGGUCUCCUGGACCUACCAGGAUGAGGAGCUGGGGAGCUACCUCACAUCACUACUCAAGAAGGGCCUUCCCCAGGCUCCCAGCUGAGGCCCCAGCAGGCCUGCUACCUCUACCUCUGCCCACUGAGAGCCCAGCCUCUGCUCCAGGACAGUGUCAGCACCCAGGGAUCUGGCUGCUGUGUCCCCCUGGGUGAGCAGAGCCCAUGGUAGGGCCACAGCCCUUCCAGCACCUGGGGAUAAGGCCUGUGGUAUGGGUGCUCCUACUAAGAGGGUGCUUCCGACUAAAACAUAAAUGAGCGUUAUUAUCUCUGAGCU